ACACAUCGAAUAAAAACCACCAAAAACAAAAGCAGAAUUAUUUAGAAAAAAACAAAUCUCCGAAGAAGUUAAAAUUAAGCGCACAAUUCACAAUUGGGUUGGAAUUUGGAAGGAAGCAAAAUCAAAUGGAGAAAGUCGAACAGCCACCACAAAACUGGAGCGAAGCCGCGGAGGACCUCGCCGCCGCCGGAGACACCGACGGCGCCAUCGCUUUCAUCGAAUCGGUGAUCUCAAAUCUUGAGCUCCAAACCCUAAAAGACCCUUCCGACUCCAUCGUCACGCAGCUCCAAUUGGCCUCCGCUCUCACCGAAUUGGCCACACUUUACUCAUCCAAGGGUUUCUCCCUCAAAGCCGAUGAACUUAGAACCCGCGCUUCUCUCAUCAAACAAACGCAACAAAAUGACGCGCGAGUUGGGAAAGAGUACGAGGGGGAAAGGAUUGCACCGACUAAUCUUGCUUCUUCUUCUUCUUCUUCUUCUUCGUCUUGCAAAGAUUCUAACUUUAACGGGGAUUUGGAUCGUGGGCUUAAUGAGAAGCAUGCGGAAUUGCCUGCUGAGACUUCCCCUUACAAUGAUUCUUCAGACGAUGAUUGGGAAGCAAUGGCAGAUCGCAAGCCUGAUGAGUUACUGCCCACAGUAUCCUCAGAUUGUAUAGCUGGAGUAUCAAAUCUUAAGUUGGAGAAUUCUAAGAGUCCAGCCCCAAAGCGGCGUGGAAGAGGAACAUUUUCUUAUGAAAAACAUGAACUUUAUAGUGAUCAAUUACGUGAUAGCUCAGUCGACGAUGUUGAGGAUGAAGGGAGUCACUGUAAUUCAGAAGAUAAAAAAGUUGUACAGAACGCAAAAUACGGGACUGCACAUGUUCUUGUUUUGGCUGACUUUCCACCAAGUACAAGGACAAUCGAACUGGAGAGGCUUUUUGAGGACUUCAAAGAUCGUGGAUUUGUGAUUCGCUGGGUUAAUGAUACAGUUGCUCUUGCAGUAUUCCAAACACCUUCAGUUGCACUUGAGGCUCGAAAAAGUAUUCGUUGUCCAUUCAAUGUAAGGAUACUUAGUGAAGAUGAUACACUCCUUGGUUCAAUUAAAACUAAAGACUUGGAACCACCACGGCAACGACCAAAAACAUCUGCCCAAGCAGCACAGCGGCUGAUUGCUCAUGGCAUGGGAUUAAAGUUACCGUCGGUAGGAUCUGGGUCCAGAGAACACAGAAAGCAAGAGGAUGCCAGGAGGGACCGCAUUGUUACCAGGCAAAAGUUGAGGGACGAGGCUUGGGGAGAUGACUAGUAUCUUCCACAGAAUGGAAAAAUGGCCAUUGUUUUGUACAGCCUGGUUUUUUUUUGCCCACAGUAUCUACCAGUCCGACAAGUCAAGGACUAAUCCAUUGCGGAUGGCCAAUGGGUUACUGCAUGCACAAGGCAGGAUUCAAACCCCCGACGCUUACUUAAGCGGACGAGUGAGUUGACCACUCGAUUUGAUUCCUUGAUAAACUAUUUUUUCACUACAGAAUGGGCUUGCGCCUUUGUUUGUGGUGCCUGUUUAGAUAUCUAUUAUUGAUUGCUAAAUAAAAUAUUUAUAAAUAAAAAAAAUCUUAGACUUUUCUUCAAUUUUU